UGUUUUUACUGGCCAGAAAAGGGCGGAUGUAGAGACCAACAUGGCAACGAAUCACACAACAAGAGGAAGUGGGGCUUACACGCAGUAAAUGUUUGCCUUUUAAAUAACUCGUAAUUACUAGGCAUUAGGUCCUUUUUGGUUUCUGUUUUUCUCAAAAGAAGAGUUUUAACCGUCACGACAAAGAUGGAGUAACAGAGCGAGAAGUUUUGGUCUGCUUCCACACAAGUUGUUGAACCCUUCCCAGGGCCCUUUGGGGCCCAGGAAGAGGAUGCAUCGUGGUGGGGAUAAGGACUUCCAGAUAUCGGCACGAAAGAUGGGCACAUCCUUGCUUUUCCAACUCUCGGCUCAUGAAAGAGAGUUGGAUUUGGUGUUUCUGGACCACAGCUAUGCCAAGCCAUGGAAUGCCCACCCAGAUGCCAGCAGCGCCCGGCCCACACGGACACUGUUUGUUACACCUCGUCGCCAGCCUGAAGCCUUGUCAGAGUCUGAUUCUGUAAUUGACGUGGAAACGGUCACACCAACACCCAUUCCUCUAUAUGAUAACCAGAAAGCUCUUAGUGUGAUGAAGGAGUGUGAGCGGCAUGUCCUGUUUGCUCGCACUGUUGCUGAGAGCCCUCCACCCCCCGAAGACUGGGAGGAACAUCUAAACAAGACUGGAUGGUCAGUGGCCCAGAACAAGCUGUUCAAUAAAGUCCUUAAAGCUCUACAAGCUGAAAGACUUGCCCGUCUGGCCAAUGAAAAUGCUUCCAAUGAGCCAAUUUUGCGGAGGGUAGCUGUGGACAAGUGUGCCAGAAAGGUGCGGCAUGCAUUAGCCAGUGUGAACUGGGACACCAAACUGACGCAGUGGCUGCACACAACCAUGAUUGAAUCCUUAAGCCUUCCCAUGCUUGCUGCUUACCUGGAUGUGCUGCAGACUCUCAAAAGCAAGUUGCCCUCGCUGAUUGACAGAAUGUUGCUGCCAUCAGCAAAGACUGGAGCGCCGAGUGCAGAGGCUCUGUCACUGCUGCUGAAACGGCCAUGGGACCCAGCUGUUGGAGUUCUAUCUCAAAACAAACCGAGUAAGCUUCCUGGAUCGCCACUCAUCCUAAUUACACCAUCAAGCCCAACCAAUCCAGCCCUCUCUACCUCGCGGCGAAUGAGAUUCUGGCAGUCACAGCUCUCCUGUUUGGGAAAGGUCAUACCAGUGCACACUCAUGUGAACAGCAGCGCCAACAUUGGCAUUACCCAGUGUCUAGAGCACAUGUUGGGUACUGUCAGGGCCAAGGUCAUGGAGGUUCAUAGUCACUUCCCCCAUAAACCCAUUAUCCUGGUUGGCUGGAAUGCUGGUGCUCUUAUCGCUUGUCACGUUUCCCUUAUGGAGUAUCUGACUGCUGCCGUUUGUCUUGGCUUCCCCCUGCUAACAGUCAAUGGGCCAAGAGGGGAUGUGGAUGACCCGCUGCUGGACAUGAAGACCCCAGUGUUAUUUGUGGUUGGCCAGAAUGCUCUACAGUGUAGUAUAGAAGGCAUGGAGGAGUUCAGAGAGAAGCUAAGGGCAGACAACAGCAUGGUGGUAGUGGGAGGAGCUGACGACAACCUCAGAAUCAACUCAGCAAAGAUGAAAUCAGAGGGACUGACGCAGACCAUGGUUGACCGCUGCAUUCAGGAUGAAAUUGCUGACUUCUUGUCAGGCGUCCUCACAAGGGCAGAGGGCCAUGGUCAUGGCUCAGGGGAGAUGAGAGACCUGGACACAGAGAAGAAGAAAAGGCCUCGACGAGAGCUUCCCUUUGACAUGGAGAGGGGACGACCUUCCUCCCCUGCACUUAGAGUUCCUAUCUCACCAUCGGGUUCAGAGGAUCUGUCUAGUGUCUGUAGCAGUCCCACUUCUAGUCCCAAACCCAAGACGUCUGGUCUGUCUCCUGCACAGAAGUCCAGUCUGAUCACAGCUACACAGCUCCUCAAGACACACAUGCAGCGCUCUGGCACAGUUCUCACUCACAAACAGGCUCAAGCUCAGUUUGCUGCUUUUAUGAAACAAAACAUGCUUGUAAGGAAAAAUCUUCCUCCUGGCACCCCUCCUUGUAUUUUUGUGCCAGUGACCAGCGAUCAGAUGGAAGGCCUUGACAGAGAUGAACUGAGGUCCCAUGGCAAGAGGAGACAAACACCUAGUCCCACGCCAAGCAAAGCCUCCAAGAGAGCCAAGAUCAAGGUCACCAUUGUUUCCCAAAGCGAGUCAGCAGGGGGCGCCAUCAGCCCUGCUGCACAGGAAGUGGGUGCCUCUGGGAAGCCAUUAACAGUGACAAUGGGACAGACUGUGGCUGGAGCCAAGGAGCUCUCUGGACUUCUUACAGGCCAGCGGUCUGGUAGUCUCUCAGAGGUGUCUGGUGCCCUGUCCCCAGGCUCCAGCUCAUUCAACAGCGUGCAGCCUUGCAUGGUGUCAGGGUCCUCCACACCAGUCCAGGCGCAAGCUCCGGCUACUGCCCAAGCGCCUUCCGCCAGCAGUCUGCUACAAGGCCUAAGUUUCAGUCUUCAGGAGAUUAUCACCAAAGCUCCUAGCCUGCCCUCCACAGCAGCGAACACAGGCAGCACCCAGGCGGUUUGUGGGAAGCCCCAGGGUCAGGUCCUGAGCUCUGUCGGUACCAGCAGCAGUACUCUGCUCCGGGCGGUGCCUGUGGUCACCGCAGGAGGAGUGGCUAAAACCACUGCCAUCCACCAGCUGCUCACUAAUGGCGGGUUGGCCAAACUUGCCAGCAGCUUGCCCGGCUUGGCGCACAUCACCAAUCAGACUGCUGGUAUGUCUCGAACUGCCAAAACACGACGGCCACGUUGAAUGCCCAGGGUUCAUUCUUCCUUUGUUUUGGAAACACUAGAUCAGGACGUCUGUAGGCCAGGGAGGAUUGUUGCAGUAGAGGAUCGUAGAGGACAGCUCUGUCGACUUGUCUGUAGAUAGUUUGCCUGGAACUGUUGUAACGUUUGCGGGGUCAGAUGUGCAGCUAUACAGCAUCCUAGGGCAGAUCAGCGGCAUACAACAAUGUUUUGUGUUCAUGUUUAAAUAGAACCUUACGGGAAAUGUAAGGUCAGAUUUUUGAGUUCCCAGCUUAUGUUUGACACAUAAUGUUUACGUAGAAAUGGAUGCAAAAUGCAAAAUGUAAAAUAUAAAUGUAUGAAACCAUUUCAUACAGAAGCAUUGUGAAAUUAAGUCAAAACCAAGCUGUCAUUUCAUAUUUGUGUUGAUUUUGUUUGCCUCUUCAUGUGGUAACAUUUUUGCAAACCCUUCCAUUCAAUCACCUGCUUAUAAUAUCCAUAAAGAUGAAUGCUCACCUCUUCCAGAGAAGUGUUGAAAAGCAAUAACAGUAUUAGUUAGUAUGGCCUUACCCAAGCUCUGUUAUUGUUGUUACAAUAAAGACUGGAAUCAAACAUG